UUUGACACAGUCUUAUACAUCAAUUUGCCGCAAUCCUAUGCACAAAAAGUGCUUCAGCACAGGGAGUGACUUGUUAGACUUUUCUUCAUGAAAUGAAUGAUGAGUUUAAAUUCUGGCUAACGACAUUAGAUUCGGACAGAACAAGGCUUUGCAUGCAUGGUUGAAUAUGCAGCGAUUUACUGUUUAGACUGAAGCGGUAACGGAUCUGGGCUAAUAACUGUGUCAACUCAGUAUAUUUACAUUACAAGCAACCCAAGGUGCCAUAACUGGAUACGUUCACGAAAUUGGAAACAGGGAUUGUCAUGCCGUAAAUAAUUACUCGCAACGGUAGAAUUGUUUCAAGGUCUUCGCGGACGAUUACCACUCUCAAUCUAAAUUUCUAUACAAACAUUGGGAAUCCACAUCGAGAAGUGAACAGUAUAAAACAGGACAGCAUAGUACCAUUACCAUGAGCAAAAGAAGACGGGAUGGGCAGCAACUGAUGCACUGGUGUAAGAACGGCGAUCUUGUGAUCAAAAACAAGAUCAAAGAUACAAUCCUACGGGAAAAUUUGCAUGAAGAAAGAUCUCUUGAUUCCACUUUAGGUAGUCUAAACAAACAUCAGAGUAAAGAGGAGAGACAUUUGAUAAACAAACGUCUUCAAUUUGCAAAAAGAAGAGAGAAAUCCCUGGCUGAGAAGAAGGAAUCACAAUUUUAUUUCCAGAGGCAACGAAGCUUUUCUGACGGAGACGUGCACUUGAAGCACGGACGAGUAUCGCAUAAAAGAAACUUUAACGCUAAAGUGAAAUGGCAGAAGGCAAUUACAGUCGUCCGUUUUGCAGUACAGAGCAAAGCUGAGAAAAAAUUUGGAGCAAAGACGGGCGCAGGAACGUUUCUUCCUAGGAUUGUACAAGCCAAACCGAAUUCCAGUCCUGGGGUCCCUCGUAAACAAGUUAACGACAAUAAUUUACUUUUACCACGGAUUAAAUCAUCAACUACGGAAGACACCAAGAAUUGUAUGAAAGACCCAAGAUUCUUAAGAUUGCAGGAAAUUUUAUGCCUUAGCGAAGACAAGAAAGAAAAAAAGGUAUCUUCUGGUGAAACUACUCGUGACAAAGAUCCCGAGAGAUUAAGAAGCCAAACUUUUCAUUUGUAAACAUGUAUUAUAGUAUCAGUCGUUAUU